AUGCACCUCACAACUCUUUUCAUGGGCCUUGUAUCCCUCCUGUCCAUCACCGCUGCCAUCCCAAUGGCAAGCGAGAAGCCAACUACUACAUCCUCCGUGUCCAAGUCUCUCAUCUCGCCCUCGAGCUCUGCCUCGGUUUCGCCUACCCCAUCGCCCAACCCCUACGAGGCGUACACAUGCCCAAAGGGUAAGUACAAGUCCUGCUGCAUGUCUGUGCAGCAGACAGGCAAGGACAUCAUCAACCCGCUCGGCGAGUUGGUGCCAGUCGUCGGCGGGAUAGAGGUUAGCUCGGCUUUAUCUUUCCGGUGCAAAAACAUGGCCGAAAGGGAGGCUCCUGAUACCUGCACUGGAAAAGGUUAUACCCCCAUGUGCUGCGAUAGCAAGAAUGAGGGUUCCGCUUUCAACACUUGCAAGUCUUUCGAGGAGGCUAAGAAGACGUACUAUUCGAACCAGAUGAAAGAUAUACCGGAGACACAGGCUGAUAUGAUCAUGGAUAUUCUCACUUAA